GACCCCAGCGACUACGUCGGACUCCACGGUGAACCCGAGGGAUUGGAAGAACUGGAAGUAUUGGAAGUCCAUGGGCAUGGUUGCACUGAAGUGGAUGAGGGCCAACCUGCUCUUGGCGCUCACCCUGAUUGCGGUGAUUAUUGGUGUUUUCUUCGGGAGUGUCUUAAGGAAGGCUGAGCCCACAGAAAAUGUGAUUAAAGCGAUUGGUCUACCUGGUGAUAUCCUGGUCCGGCUCUUGAAGUUGCUCGUCCUACCGUUGAUAGUCUCGAGUUUGAUCACGGGUCUGACGAGUCUUGACACCAAAUCCUGUGGGAAAUUGGGAGCACGGGCACUCGUUUACUACUUCACGACAUCGUGCAUCGCUGUCAUCAUCGGAAUCAUCGUCGUCGUCGCAAUUCGUCCUGGUAGGCCGAAGUACCUGAAAAUUCAUGACAUCGACCUUGAUGAAAGAAGCGAUUCAGCAAAUCCCCUCGAUUCGCUCAUUGGUAUCCUGAGGAAUCUGUUCCCGUCCAACCUUGUACAAGCGUGUUUUCAACAGGCGAAGUCCUCCUCUGAAGUAAAGAACGUCACUAAGUUGGUACCUAUAAAUGACACAGUCAAAUCGGCUUUUUGUCGUUGGGAAAAUGCCUCGGAAACAGAUUUUUGCAUCUCUAAAAAUGUGACGGAGACAAAUAGGACGGAGGACUACAAGAACGGCAUUAAUGUACUAGGUAUCCUCGUUUUCACUAUCCCUUUCGGUGUACUGCUGAGUAGAAUGGGAGAGCGCGGUCGUGUCAUGGUGGAAUUUUUCAGGAUAUUGUCUGAGCUCACCAUGGAGCUUGUCAACAUCACCAUGUGGUACUCUCCGUUGGGUAUCAUGAGUCUGAUCUGCGCUAAGGUUCUCGACAUGGAGAGCUUGUCAGAAAUCGUGCCUAUUCUAGGCCUGUACAUGCUGACCGUAGUGAUGGGGCUUCUCAUCCAUCUUGCUAUCCUGAUGACUAUCUACUACGCCAGCACCAGGAAAAAUCCACUCACCUUCUUUGAAGGAAUUCUCCAGGCCUGGCUCACAGCAUUCGCCACUGCUUCGAGCUCUGCGACCCUCCCUGUGACUAUCCGUUGUCUAGAGGAGAACCUAGGUAUUGACAAGAGAGUGACACGAUUCAUCCUCCCCAUUGGUGCAACAGUCAACAUGGAUGGGACCGCCCUCUACGAGGCCGUAGCGACCAUUUUUAUCGGGCAACUGCGUGGAUUGCCCAUGGGGUUCACUAAGAUCGUCACAAUCAGUCUAACGGCUACCCUCGGCAGCAUUGGCGCGGCUAGUAUACCGAGUGCAGGUAUCGUCACCCUUGUUCUAGUCUUGACUGCAGUCGGAUUUCCUAUAGACGAUGUCAGCCUUCUAAUGGCCGUCGACUGGUUCCUGGAUCGUUGUCGUACGUCCAUCAAUGUAGUUGGUGAUUCUUACGGAGCUGGUAUAGUGUACCAUCUUUCUCAGAAGGAGUUAGAAGCACUUGACAAGGAGGAGGCUGAAUUGGAGCUGGAGGCAGGUAAAGGCGAUGACGUCAUCCACCCCGGGAAAGCCGAGAUAGAAGAUGCAAAAGUAGUAGAAAACGUUGACAAGAAAGAAGGGGCCAACUGCGAGAUAGAAGAUGCAAAAGUAGUAGAAAACGUUGACAAGAAAGAAGGGGCCAACUGCGAGUCUGGUGUGUAGACUACACUUCGACGGAAGAUAGAGUCAUUUUGUUUGUUCAGAUGUCACUUUCCUUUGUUUCGUAGUAUGUUUAGUUAUCACGAAUAAUCUACAGUGUACAAGUAAUCAGGUGCAGUAUUUACUCAGUUUCGUUCACAUUGCGUUACAGAGAAGUUGAGUUCUGGUAGAGACGAAGAAAUAAUUUGUGAGAUUACUCAUUCUUUUAUGUCAGUGUGGAAGAUUAUUAUGUAGUAUAAAUAUCCCCUGAACAAAAUGAUAUUUGAACCGAACUGUCAUGCCACAUUUUUUUUAAUCUAGUCUAGUCCAUUUUUUUUUAAUUCAUGUGCGUUGCGUGUAAUUUCAAGAUAGUCUGAGUCAGUCCGUUUUAAUUUCGAUCAUUCCCGUUCUCUCCAUCGUCUCCAGAUGUUUUUUUUUCACAAUGCAAUUGCAUGACUACUACUCAACCUUAUAGUAGAAUAUUUAGAAUAAGGCGAAUAAAUUGAAGACUAAGCCUUGAGUAGAAAAGCUUUUAGAAUCGUAUGUAUUUACUCUGCGAUAUAUCUUCGUCAUGUUUAUGAUUAGAUUAUUUUGUUUUUGUAAGCAGUGUUAAACAGUCAAGUUAGACAUUUUGCCAUGAUUGUAUAUACAUCACAGUGAUUAUCAAUUGUCUUCUUGUUUUAUUCUUUCUAUAUUUUAUUGGUGUCAUUUUCAGUGUUCCCCUUUACAUUGUUACAACGCUCUCUCUCUCUCUCUCUCUUUCUUCUCUUCUCUCUUCCAUCGCCCCCACACAUAAACACACAGACUCACUUUCUCUUGCCAUCUACCUCUUUCUUUCUCUUAUUAUUUCACUUUC